AUGUCUCACUCAAAGUCAAGUGACAGUAGGGACAAUAGUCCAAUCGAUACAACUAAAGCUCUGUGGGCUAGGAUGAUGAGUGCAAAUGAAUACAGCGAUUUUAUCAUCAAGUGUCACUCAAGGAUCUUUCACGUUCAUCGAAUCGUCGUUUGCACCCAAUCCAAACCAAUACAAGCUGCAGCCAAUGGAAAUUUCCUGGAAUCAGUUACCGGCAUUCUCGAACUCGAGGAUGAUGACCCUAGUACCGUCGCCAGAAUGAUUAACUUCUUCUACCUCCAAGAUUACGACGACUCUUCGACGAGUGAAGAAGCCGCCAAGGAAGAUUACGGUCCUCUUCUCAUCAAUACCAUGGUCUAUAUUAUAGGCGAUAAAUAUGAUAUCCCCGGGCUCCAAACCCUCGCCAAACAAAAGUACGAAAAAGCCAUCUUGACCGAUUGGAAUACUACUUCUUUCUCUGCUAGCUUAGAACUUUUAUAUGAGGAAUUACCUGAGAGUAAUACCUGCCUCACAUCACUUGCGCUGCACACUGCUAGCACGCAUGUUAAAGAGCUUAAAGGUAGAGCGGAAUUCACUCAAUUGUGCAAAAGCAACGCGGCGAUUGCGUAUGAUCUCUUCACAAGCAUUGCAUCUCAAUCUCAAUCCGCGAUUUCUCAACCCACGAUUUCCCAAUCCAAGAUGCUAAAUCAAGAGAAAGAGAAAGAAAAAGAGGCUAGCACUUGUUGUCCAAAAGGUCAUACGUUUACACAUCUGAAAGAUGUACGUGCGAUGUAUGAUACGCAUGCCGGGAAAUGGAGAGUGAGGUGUCCGAAUUGUAAGGCGCAGAAGGUGUGUUAUAAGGUGGGUAAUGAGUGUGAUGUGGGGGCGAAGUGGGAUGGGGGGGAGGUGGGGUUUUGGUUUUUGUGA